AUGGCUGAAUCUCUUGAACUGCAUUGCAAGAAUGAGGAGUUUGGUUGCCCUGAGAUCAUCCCUUACCACACCAAGCUCAUGCAUGAAGACUCGUGUAACUUCAGACCAUACAACUGCCCAUGGUAUGGAUGUCCGUGCUCUGCUCUUGGGGAUAUUCCACUCUUUGUUUCUCACUUGACAAAUUAUCACAAGGCAGUCAUGCUCUAUGGCUGCAAGUUCAAACUUGAAUUUUUGAUAGAAGAUCUCUAUAAAUACCAAAGCUACAAAUGGGAUGUAACUAUCAUCAAUUGUUUUGACAAACACUGUUGUCUCCAUGCUGAAACCUUCCUUAUAGGGUCGACUCCCAUUUACAUGGCAUUCCUCAGCCUGAUAGGCAACCAAGUAGAGGCCGACAACUACAGCUACAACCUGGAGAUAGGUGGAAAUGGGUGGAAGCUUACUUUUGAGGCCAUCCCAUGA